AUGUCUACCUUCGAUUUUGUCAUUGUCGGAACUGGCCCAUCUGGCUGCGCCCUCGCUGCCGGUCUCGCUAACUCGACUGCAAAGCCCCGCGUCCUCCUUCUAGAAGCAGGCGACAAGAACGAAGAUCGCAACCUUCGCAUCGACGGCCAGCGAUGGCUCACAUUCCAGGACCAGUCAAUGAAUUGGGGGUUCAAAACUACCCCGCAGCCGGACUGCAACAACCGUGAGAUCGACUACAGCCGCGGCCGGUGUUUGGGCGGGUCCAGCUCCAUCAAUUUUGGCGUAUACAGUGUCGGCGCCCGCGACGAUUACCAGGAGUGGGCAAGAAUCGUUGGCGAUGAAACUUUUGCUUGGGGAAAUGUUCAACAAAAGUUUAAGAACCUGGAGACCUUCCAUGGGGAGAUUCCGGAAGGCAUAGAUAAGAAGUAUGCGAACCCAAAGAUGGAGAACCAUGGAAGUGAGGGCCCGUUACACGUUGGUUUCGCACGGGAGUGGGAGCGGGACUUAACAGACGUCUUGGAUGUCUUCGAGGAAGCUGGGUUCCCGUUGAAUCCCGAUCAUAACUCGGGAGAUCCAAUUGGCAUGUCGGUGUUGAUUAGUUCGGCGCAUAAGGGGCUGCGGUCGACAGCCGGGGAUCUCGUCAAGGAGGAAUUGGACAACUUGACUAUUCUUACUGGGGCCCCUGUGCAGCGUGUCCUCUUGGACGGAAAAAGAGCUGUGGGCGUUGUGUCAAACGGGACCGAAUACCGCGCCGAAAAAGAAGUCAUUCUAUCCGCUGGCUCCCUCAACGAUCCCCGUAUCCUGAUGCACUCAGGUAUUGGCCCCAUCGCCCAACUCCAGCAAUACAAUAUCCCCGUCGUCCAGGAUGUACCCGCCAUGGGCCAGGGUUUGCGCGACCAUUGCUUCGUACCAAUGGUGAAUACUCGCACAGAGACCAGUACAGACCGGAAGGCAUUUUAUGGUGACAAAGCUGCCAUGGACGCUGCGCUAAAGCAAUGGCAAGAAGAUGGCACAGGACCUUGGUCGAAAUUUGCCUGCGAGCUGGGCAUCGGCUGGUUCAAACUGACCGAACAGCUUAUUUCCUCACCGGAAUUCAAGGCCCUCCCAGCAGACGAACAGAAGUACCUUCUACAGGAGACCGUGCCGCACUACGAGAUCCUCACUCAUUUCCCCGUCCACUGGGUCAUCCCGGAUUUCCCGCCCGAGGCAUUGAGCUACUCCUGUCUGCUUGUCUUCCUGUUCAACGCGCAGACUCGCGGUGAGGUCACAUUGCAAUCCUCAGACCCCGACGCUCCGCUCUCUUUCAACCCCAAGUUCCUAGCCCACCCAUUCGAUCGUCGACUCGCGAUCGAGGCUUUGCGCGACUCGUUCCGCAUCGCCAAGCACGAAUCCUACACAAAGGACAACUUGGCAGAGCUGGCAAUGCCCAAGGGCGAAUCAGACGAGGAUUUGCUCGAGUACUGGCGACAGAACAUUUCGUCAAGCUGGCACAUGACGGGGACGGUGAAAAUGGGCAAGAAGGGCGAUGUGGAUGCGGUCGUGGAUCCGGAUUUCAAGUUGGUAGGUAUUGAGAAUCUGCGCGUGGCAGAUAUGUCGGUUGUGCCUGUUUUAGUGAGCGCGCAUGUCCAGGUUGCUGCGUAUGUCACUGGUGCGAUUUGUGCAGAGAAGUUGAUCAGCCAGUAUGGCCUUUCAAAGUCGAGCCUUCCUUAA